AUGGACGAGUUCGGAGCCGUCAGCGACAACGACAGCGACAGCGGCGACUCUCCCGUCGGCCUCAGCGUGGACGAAGCUCAGCAGCAACUGGACUCAGCUCCGCCCGGUGCCGUCGCCGCGGAGGGGGAUGACAGUCCCGUGGACGACGAAGAGGUGCAACCCCCCGAUGCCGAGAACGAGUCCUCGAAGGCCGUGCCCAAGAGGCGAGGUCGGAGGAGGCUGGGCCAGAUGGAGGCGGAGGCAGCCUCUCUUGGCAAGCGGAAGACACGCAAGCCCCUCGGAGACCUCCAGAACGGAGCCGUCAACGCCGGCAACACCGAGAGCGGAGUGGCACGACGCGGCAAGGGCGGGAACAAGAAGAAGGUCACCGACGAAGAGGUCGUGAUGAAGGCGGCGGAAGAGGAGGAGGGGGAGGAGGAGCCGUCGAGGAAGAGGGGGGCGGGGCGCGGCAAGAAAACGGCCAAGAAAGAAAAUAAAGAGGGUGCGGCGGUCGGGGGAAACGAGACGCGGAGCGGCAGGGAACUGAGGAAAGGCGCACGGCUCUCGAAGCCCUCGCCGGAGGUGGUGGUUUUGACCAGGGAACAGGUGAAAAACAUGGAGAAAGCCGGGAAGAUCAUGCGCGAGAGGCGUCGCUUUAGGAGGUAG